CUGCUACUCACCAACGCCACCCCACGCCGCUCACGCCGGUAAAAAAAAACAAACAACAAAAGUAGUGUGCAUUAUGUUGGAUAUAUAAGACCAGAUUGAGCUAGAUGCAGCUACAAACGAUUCAUUAGCGGCAGAGAUACGUGGUCGAGGAUUUUUAGACUUCUUCCCAGUAUAUGUUUGUCAACUGGAUAAGUACUGGACAAUUACCAUGGCUGCUAGAUUGAUUGUAACAGUUUUACUUGUAUUGCCAGUUGUUGCUAACCAAGGCGAGUAUUUACGAUACAUGUAGAUUGUUAGUAUCCUUUUCACUUGCGUUAAACAUUUUACUUGUCUUAGGGGACUAGGCACAUAUCAUCCAUCCACCCCUGUGACGCCACAGCCCAUACAGGACUUUUGGCCUGCCUCACCACUUCCUUCCACUCAGACCUGAUUAUUUUCUUUUACAUGCUUGGAUUCCCAGCUGCUGUAUUGCUUUAACCACACAUUUUAGGUCAACGAAAUAUGACCUUUUACCCGCCCCUUGCCCCUAAAACGUCACACAACUUUUCAUUGACCACCCUCCCUAAUAUUAUUUAUUAUUUCUAGCACCCCCACCCCAUAUAAACCCGAAUGAAGUCCAAAAACAAGCAAAUUUCAAGCAAAAUGCCAGGAAUAGUAUUUAUAAAAUGUGCUAAUUAUAAUAAUUUUUAACAGAACAUAUGAGCUUUUAAUAAUCAAUGCCGAUUUCUUAAAUUUGAAUAGCAGAAAUUUUUAUUUUUAAAAAGUUAUAUAGCAUUGCUCUCGACCCGCCCAACCCAUGUAACACAAUAUAACAAAAUAAUGAACCACCCACCCACCAACUACACGAUCUAUAAAAUGUACACGGACCCAUGGUGAGUGGCUCCGAGUUUUGGAUUAGUAUCUAACUUUUAUUUACUGGUUUUACCAAUCAAGGUAAGUCAACAACAGACAUGGUGGAGGCACCAACAGGUCAUCGAAGGGGUGGGGGUGCAGUGGCGUAGGAAGGAGUAGCGGAGGGGGCGUUGCGUCCCAGGCACAAUUUUCUCCUUAUGUUUAUGGGCGGUAUUUGCGGCCCUUUGCAGAGGGUUUUUUCGUGGAAAGGGAAGGGGGAGGGGGGUUUGGAAAAAGCUGACCCUCUGGAGGCACUAAAUGUAUCUAGGAAUUCUGGAGGGCGGUGGGAAAAAAGCCUUGCUCACCCCAGGAGGAGAUAAAUAUAUCUAGGACCUCUUGAGGGGUGGACAAAAAACAAAACAAUAAUCUACAAACGGAAAAUAAAUUUAAAAACAUUUUGAAGUUUGAAUAGGAAUGGUUCACGAAAUCCACAGUUACAAAUGUGAUGAAUCUUUCACUGAAUGCAGAGCUACAAAUGUGAUGAAUCGUUCACUGAAUGCAGAGCUACAAAGUGAUGAAUCGUUCACUGAAUGCAGAGCUACAAAUGUGAUGAAUCGUUCACUGAAUGCAGAGCUACAAAUGUGAUGAAUCGUUCACUGAAUGCAGAGCUACAAAUGUGAUGAAUCGUUCACUGAAUGCAGAGCUACAAAUGUGAUGAAUCGUUCACUGAAUGCAGAGCUACAAAUGUGAUGAAUCGUUCACUGAAUGCAGAGCUACAAAUGUGAUGAAUCGUUCACUGAAUGCAGAGCUACAAAUAUGAUGAAUCGUUCACUGAAUGCAGAGCUACAAAUGUGAUGAAUCGUUCACUGAAUGCAGAGCUACAAAUGUGAUGAAUCGUUCACUGAAUGCAGGGCUACAAAUGUGACCGUUCAUUCACCUAACUAUUCGUUACUUGGUCAUCGUAGCUUAGUCAUUGUAAUUUAAUCAACGUUACUUAGUCAUUGUAACGUAGUCAAUGAAACUUGGUCCUUGUAGCAUGGUCAUCGUCACUAAGUCAUCAUAACUUAGUCUUCUUAACUUAGUCAUCGUACCUCUGCAGACACGCGUAUUCUGUCCUUUCCCAAGACACACACUAAAACAUAUGGUGAACGAUCUUUCUCUUUCUGCGCCCCCAAACAAUGGAAUUUUUUGCCACUACACAUACGCAAUAUACCAACCACCCAGGCCUUCAAAACUGCACUAAAAACAUAUCUUUUUUAAAAUUAUACUACCCUGACUGAUUCCCCUCCUCUGACCGAUAAAUGAUCUUGCUGGCUGCCGUCCAUGGUUUGCCUUGUAAAAGUUAUGGGGUGGGGUGGGUGAAUAUACAUUGCUGUUCUUUAUUUCAUAAAUGUAUUUUAUUUUAAUGUCAUGAUUAUGUCUCUUUUGAUAAAAUUUUUAUGUACAGCGCGGUGAGCCCAGCCCUAGGCUGGGGUACCGGGCUAUAUAAGACCUCUUAUUAUUAUUAUUUAACGGGUCAGCAAACCAUGUAUCACAUCGAUAGUGCUUGUUUAAAAAUAAUGUUAUGUUUCGUUCCUAUUAACAGGUUUCGAUCUAAACAUGGACAGACCACCGCGCAGAGUGGGGAACUCGACCAUCUGCGCACAGCUCCACUGUUACGCGUCCAGCGGAAGCAGCAACAACAUCACGACCUUAAUAAAGAUGAACGUUUACAGGAUCCAAAACUCGAAUGAAAAAAUUCUCCUGGCCACAGUGCUGGCGCGGGAAUCGGAUAUUCAAGCUCACACCGGUAUCGAUACGACAGUGGUGGGUUCAAUGUCCGAGAGCUCGGGGGAACUCAAUCUAACGUUUUCCGGGAAAGAAGACUGCAACAGCGGCAACUUCUCCUGCGAGAUCCAGUUUAAAAAUUCGCUGGAAGUCGUCGACGUCUGGGAAAAAUUUACUUCACCUCCGGAAGUGAGUAGCCCAGACGUUGCCUUGACAGCGCGUCUUCUCCAGAAAGAUUUGUCGGACCUGGAGGUAAGAAUCGCCUCGUUUCUGUCGGAGAGACUGGCGGAGGUCGAGAGCACGAUACGAAGGGCCAACGCGUUGGAGAUCGCCAAGGUCAAGGAGAACCAGCACAAGCUUGAGUCGAUUCUGGCCAAUCUCUCAUCGUCCUUCUUCACGCUGACGCACAAACCCGAGGCGAAAGUGGAACCUGCGACCUUCUUAAAAAGGGUUGUAAGUUCAAUUGCAUCGAUAUAAAAUUGCAUUGGCUUAUUUGAACAUAUAUUAUCCAAUAUAUAUAAAGAUAGUCUAGAAGAAUAUGGAGAAGAAUUUUUUUUGUUUUAAUGUUCUCUAAUUUGCAUACACGAGAUUGAACUUAAAGUGUUCAAUCAAGUAAAGUGGUCAUCAAUAAAACACAUUAAUAGUAAUGAAAUGAAAAAUUUAAACCACAAUUAAAGGACAGUUACUAGUGCAAAUCAUGCACGGGCUGGGAGAGUAGAGUGAGGGACAUUGAGAUUGAUGCUGUUGGGGCGAUUUCUUUUUCCCACAGCCCGUUUGUGUGAAGGCGAUGAACAAGUCGUUGGACGCCCGGGCAAUAGCACCCGUAGAUAACAUUGAGGUCAUGUGUGACACCGAGACGGACUGCAGGGGCUGGAUUAUCAUACAGGUAAUUCGCUGUACCAGAAAUGGUGUGGUAUUUUACAAGCAGCUGUAGGACUUUUUAAUUUACAUAUAAGAUAAUACUGCAUGAUUCUGUAAUGCGGGUCAUAAUAUAGUCACUGUACUACUACAGAUGACUGAUAUUCUGUAAUACAUCAAUAAGAUUGUUGAAUCUUUACUUUACUGUCUGCUUCUGCAGCUCAGAGGCGUAGCUAAAGUGUUUGGCGCCCGGGGGACAAGAUUAAUUUUAUAGAGUCUCCCUUUCUUUUUUCAACUCUCAAACACAUUAUUUUCACCAAUAAAAUAACAUCAAAGCAAAUUUUGGCGCCCUAACUAGUCUGGCACCCAGGGACAUCUGUACAUCCUGCCCCCCUUAGCUAUGCCUCUGCAUCUGCUAAAGAAUGUGAUAAAAAUUAAGUGCAGCCUAUUUGUUUGUUCGUUUUACAGAGGCGUGUCAUGGGUGACGUCAGUUUCGACAGGCCGUGGGCCGAUUACAAGAAAGGCUUUGGGUCGUUUUAUGGCGACUUCUGGCUUGGGCUGGAGGCUAUAGCGACCUUGACCAAAAAGGUGUACUGUCUAAUGACCUCCUUUUACUUAGAGUUUAAUCAUCGUAGUCAAAAUUUUGUGAAAUCUUAUUGAAAAAUAAUGAAGUGGCCGUGAACAAUAUUUAUUUCUUAAAUAAUUAAGCCACAAUUCUCUGCCCCACAACCAGGUGGGAAAAAGGGGAGAGGGGGGUGGGUGAAGUAUGUAUUAUCUACCUUCUAUGACCCCAAACAUUCACACCGAAUGGAAGACUGGGGGGGUGAAAGGUUUCCGUGGUCGAACAAUUAAAAAAGUGGCUUUAAUUUAAAGAUAACGAGACUUAGAAAAACUUCUCUUAUUUGUUUCGUUCAUUUAAUUACAGUUAAAUAAAAAAAUUAAUAAUUAGCUGAUUUAAAUUCCCCGCCCCCCACUCUCUUAUUAUUAUCCUUUUUCCCGUCUAGGAAAAUUUCGAGCUGAGAAUCGACCUGCGCUUUAAGGGAAGCGAUUACUACGCCAAGUAUGGCAUCUUUAGGGUGAUGGACGAGACUUCGCUGUACAGGAUACGGGUGGGCGGAAACUUCAGCGGGAAUGCACCCAACGCCCUGAGACUCGGCGACAACGUUGCCUUCUCUACUUACGACCGAGAUUACGACACGAAUGGAAACAUUAACUGGGCUUUAUUCCACAGUGGCGGAUGGUGGUAUCACCACUCCACACAACUCUGUAACCUCAACGGAGUCUGGGAAACCGGUGACAGCAACAAGGAGAUUUUUUGGGAAAAUCUGAGGCAGAAUUUUUUCCUGACUUUUGUGGAGAUGAAAAUUAGGAUGACAAAUUAGUUGAACAGAGUUCUCGCUCAUGGGACGCUCGUCUUGACGGCAUGUGACAUUCGCCUCAUGUAGGCCUACAGACCAUGCAUGCAAAAUAUGCGGUUACCCACCUUUGAAAUGGACUUUAUUUUGGACUUUUAAGCACUCGUCACAAAUCUCAUACUCUGUUGUAUAUAAUUUUUAUAUAAUCUUCAAAUUCAGUGAAUGAUUAAUCAUAUGGCCCUUACAUAACCUUGGCCUUACAUCACAAUGAUCCUAAAUCACAUUGGCCCAACAUCACAUUAUAUUUAUCCUACAUCAAAUUGAUCCUACAUCACAUUGGCCCUACAUCACAUUACAUUUGUCCUACAUCACAUUGGCCCAACAUCACAUUGGACCUACAUCACAUUAUAUUUGUCCUACAUCAAAUUGACCCUACAUCACAUUGACCCUACAUCACAUUGGCCCAACAUCACUUUGGCCCUACAUCACAUUAUAUGUGUACUACAUCAAAUUGACCCUAUAUCACAUUGGCCCUACAUCACAUUACAUUUGUCCUACAUCAUAUUGGCCUUACAUCACAUUGACCCUUCAUCACAUUGGCCCUACAUCACAUUGGCGCUACAUCACAUUACAUUUGUCCUACAUCACAUUGGCCCUACAUCACAUUGGCCCUACCUCACAUUGGCCCUACAUCACAUUACAUUUGUCCUACAUCACAUUGGCCCUACAUCACAUUGGCCCUACAUCACAUUGGCUCUACAUCACUUUGGCCCUACAUCACAUUAUAUUUGUCCUACAUCACAUUGGUCCUACAUCACAUUGGCCCUACAUCACAUUGGCCCUACAUCACAUUACAUUUGUCCUACAUCACAUUGGCCUUACAUCACAUUGACCCUUCAUCACAUUGGCCCUACAUCACAUUGCCCUACAUCACAUUACAUUUGUCCUACAAUACAUUUGCACUACAACACAUUUGCCCUACAUCACAUUAACAUUACAAUCCUACAUCACGUUGGUCCUACAUCACUUUGGCCCUACAUCACAUUGGCCCUACAUCACAUUACAUUUGUCCUACAUCACAUUGGCCUUACUUCACAUUGACCCUUCAUCACAUUGGCCCUACAUCACAUUGCCCUACAUCACAUUACAUUUGUCCUACAUUACAUUGGCCCUACAUCACAUUGGCCCUACAUCACAUUACAUUUGUCCUACAUCACAUUGACCCAUACAUCACAUUGGCCCUACAUCACAUUACAUUUGUCCUACAUCACAUUCGCACUACAUCACAUUGGCCCUACAUCACAUUGGCCUUACAUCACAUUACAUUUGUCCUACAUCACAUUGGCCCUGCAUCACUUUGGCCCUACAUCACAUUACAUUUGUCCUACAUCACAUUGGCCCUACAUCACAUUGGCUCUACAUCACAUUGACCCUACAUCACAUUUGCUCUACAUCACUUUGGCCCUACAUCACAUUAUAUUUGUCCUACAUCACAUUGGCCCUACAUCACAUUACAUUUAUCCUACAUGACGUUGGCCCUACAUCACAUUUGUCUUACAUCACAUUGGCCCUACAUCACAUUACAUUUGUCCUACAUCACAUUGGCCCUACAUCACAUUGACCCUACAUCACUUUGGUCCUACAUCACAUUAUAUUUGUCCUACAUCACAUUGGUCCUACAUCACAUUGGCCCUACAUCACAUUACAUUUAUCCUACAUCACAUUGGCCUUACAUCACAUUUGUCCUACAUGACGUUGGCCCUACAUCACAUAGGCCCUACAUCACAUUGGCCCUACAUCACAUUACAUUUGUCCUACAUCACAUUGGCCCUACAUCACAUUGACCCUACAUCACAUUGGCCCUACAUCACAUUGGCCCUACAUCACAUUACAUUUGUCCUACAUGACGUUGGCCCUAUAUCACAUUGGCCCUACAUCACAUUACAUUUGUCCUACAUCACAUUACAUUUGUCCUACAACACAUUACAUUUGUCCUACAUCACAUUGGUCUUACAUCACAUUGACCCUACAUCACAUUGGCCCUACAUCACAUUGACCCUUCAUCACAUUGGCACUACAUCACAUUUGCCCUAAAUCACCUUGGCCGUAUAUCACCUUGGCCGUACAUCACCUUGACCCUACAUCACCUUAGCCCUACAUCACCUUGUCCCUACAUCUCCUUGGCCCUACAUUAUAUUGGUCCUACAUCACACUGGCCCAACAUUCCCUUGGCCCUACAUCACCCUCAAUUUAUCUUAUCAAUUAUUCCGAUUAACAUCUUGCUUACAUCUAUUCUCUUGCAGCGAGCCUAACAGUUAAUUAUGACAAUGAUUUGUUUCUCUCUCUUACGUAUUUCUAUUUUAACAGUGUUGGUUCAGUCUUGCAGUGGGUUUUUGCAGUGAUUAUUUAUAAUAUAACGCACAGUAACGCCCAAUUUUGCCGCAAUUUAGUUAUGUUAUCCAACAAUUAAAUAGAAUAAUUUUAGUUCCAGCACAUUUUUUAAAAAUGUAUAGCACUGAUGUUUUGUAUAGCCUUUUGUUAAGAAAAUAUGCAUGCCCAAAACAAAGGAAGUGAUGUCUCACAGAUGUGAGUAGUGGGUCU